CAAUCCACCCCAAGUUUACGAUUUUUAGACAGAGCUUCACUCAAAACAGGAACAAAUCAUAAAUGGAAUCUAUGUACAACCACAGAAGUCGAAGAAACAAAACAAAUGCUAAGAAUGUUACCAGUCUUGUUCAUAACUUUCAUCCCAAGCAUGAUGAUCGCUCAAAUAAACACUUUGUUUGUCAAACAAGGAACCACUCUAGACCGGAAGGUCACUGGAGCUUUCAGCAUCCCACCAGCUAGUCUCUCCGCUUUCGUCACACUCUCGAUGCUCAUUUCCAUAGUCAUAUACGAUCGAGUCUUCGUUAAGCUAACCCGAAAAUACACUGGAAAUCCAAGAGGCAUUACUUUGCUUCAACGAAUGGGAAUUGGUCUUAUCUUUCAUAUCCUCAUCAUGAUCGUUGCAUCUGUCACUGAAAGGUAUAGACUCAAAAUCGCUGCUGAUCAUGGUCUCAUCCACCAAACCGGAGUAAAACUACCUUUGACUAUCUUCGUUUUGCUUCCUCAAUUCGUGCUAAUGGGUAUAGCUGAUUCAUUUUUAGAAGUUGCAAAGCUAGAAUUUUUCUAUGAUCAAGCUCCCGAGAGCAUGAAAAGUCUUGGAACAUCGUAUUCGACAACAAGUUUAGCAGUCGGAAACUUCAUGAGCAGUUUCCUGUUAUCGACAGUGUCUGAGAUAACGAAGAAGCGAGGAAGAGGAUGGAUUUUGAAUAAUCUUAACGAGUCUAGGUUGGAUUAUUAUUACCUGUUCUUUGCGGUACUCAAUCUGGUUAACUUUGUCUUGUUCUUGGUCGUGGUUAGGUUUUAUGUUUAUAGAGCUGAGGUUACUGAUUCAGUGGAUGUGAAAGAGGAGGAAAUGAAAGAGCAUGAAUGACAAAUAAUGAAUAAUACUAUAGUUUUUUUCUAUAUCA